AUGGGGGCCAAUGCCAGCAAGAGCACAACCUUCAAGACGGCAGCAUUGCCCAAAGAUGUCAGCCAGAACAACAAGCGCAAGGCUUCGGGCAAGAACCCGCUCUGCUCGGGCUGCCGCCGCGCGCGGCAGCAACCUGACUGGCAAGACCGGUUGCUGAGCGCCAUGGCGUGGCUAUACUGCAGCCGCUGCAAGAUGGAGCACCGGGCCUGGCUCUUCUCGGCCGACCAGCGGCGGCGGCCCUGCCGCAAGCGCAUCUGCAUCGGCCACGAGGGCCGCCUCCGCAUAUGCGCCCACAAAGCCGUCUCCUGGGCCAUGCUGCGCAGCAUCGCCGAGGCCGACGGCUGGGACGGCGUCACGGCUGCCGACAUGGGCCUGCCGCAGCUCGUGGCAGGUUGUGGGAGGGAGUGCGUCGCCGCGGCUGGGUUGAGCGCGGCUGCGAGGGCGGGAGCUGGUGCGGAUCCCCGCCUCACAAUGGCCGUCACCCCGGCCGGCGGCUGGUUGUUGAGGGUGGGCUGGUCGGUGUACGUUGGUGGAGAGGAUGGCGGCCGCACACUACCGGCGGCCGAUCAGCUCGUCGAGAGGCUCGCCGAGCUGCGGGCUGCAGUAGGCAUGUACAUCUUCCGCGGCAACUCGGCGGUGGAUUUCCCCGAGAUCGGGACGCUCGACCCGGCGGGGUGCCAGUGUCUGCUGGUCCACGAGGACUCGUGCAAGACGACCGGGGUCGGGAUGGGGAGUGCACGGCGUGCCGGGACGUGUCUGACGAGGGAGGGAAACUCGCCGCCAAACGACCAUGAGGAGGCACUGCUGUGCCGGAGGGACACGGUGCGGAUGGCGCACGCCGUCUACGGGAGGAGGCAGUGGACGCCCAAGAACACGGCCGAGUACGUCUUCACUCUGUCGAGGUAUGAGACGGACAACACGUACACGGCCAGCUGGGCGCGCUAUAUCCACCUUCCAGCCCAGUCUGUCGCGUCCAUGACGGGGUGUCCGCUGAGCUGGUGCCUGGCGCUCGACCCGGACUCGUAUCGACUGACCAAGGAUACUGAAGGGUUGAAUGUGUAUUGGUGUCGGGAAGAAGGAUGCAUGAACCAUUAUCAAUACAGAGGGCCUCCCGAGGUGGACAGUUCUCAGAGCAGGCCUUCACCAUGCGCUUAGCUGUGCGACGAGAUCAGAUCCCAGUUUUGGCUUUGGAAAUACCCGAUGAUUGUACAUGAAUAUUCGCGAUAGCAGGCUGUUUGAAC